CAACAAAUGUCAAUAUUUUGAUAUGAUCAACAUUUUCUAAUUUUUUAAUUUAAUAAGUAUACAAUAUUUAGUUUGUUAUUUAUUGUAAAUAAAAUAGUUAUUACUCUUUUCGUGUUAGUUAAAAUCAAAAAGUUACUUAAAUGGCCGAUUUCAUAGAAUCAGAGGCCGAAGAAAGUGAGGAAGAGGAAGAAUUGGAACCUCACGAACGUAAAAAACUAAAACAAUCAAAAGUAACUGUUGAAGACAGCUCAGAAGAGGAAGAAGAUGACGAAGAACGUUUAAGAGAAGAACUUAAAGAUCUUAUUGAUGAUAAUCCUAUUGAUGAAAGUGAAGGUGAAGAUUCAGAUGCUUCUGGUGGAGAGAAGCGCAAGAAAUCUGAUGAUGAAGAAUAUGAUGACAGAUUAGAAGAUGAAGAUUAUGAGCUUUUAGAAGAAAAUUUGGGAGUAAAAGUAGAAAGAAGGAAAUUCAAAAGGUUGAGACGUAUUGAAGAUGAAGAAAGUGAUGGUGAAGGGGAUGAUGAUGAAAGUCCAGACAAAGAUAAAAUUGCUAUGGAAAUCUUUUCUGAUGAUGAUGAUGACCGCCGCUCUGAGCGUAGUCAGAGGCCUCAACCAGAACCUGAAGUGGAAGAUGAAGAAGAGGGAGAAUAUUCUGAUGCUGAUGACUUUAUUGUUGAUGACGAUGGAAGACCUCUGAAAGAUAAAAAGAAGAAACGAAAACCGAUCUUCACUGACGCGGCUUUACAAGAAGCUCAAGAAACUUUUGGUGUGGAUUUUGAUUUUGAUGAAUUCACAAAAUAUGACGAUGAAUACGAAGAAGAGGACGAAGAAGAAGAAGACGACUAUGUAGAAGAUGAAGAUGAUGGAGAAAGAAGACGUCGCCCCAAAAAAGCAGCGCGCAAAAAACCAACACGCAAAUCAAUAUUCGAAGUUUAUGAGCCCAGUGAACUUAAGAGAGGCUUCUUUACUGACUUGGACAAUGAAAUUCGAAAUACAGAUAUUCCAGAGCGUAUGCAAUUGCGGGAAGUCCCUAUCACUGCCGUUCCCGAAGACUCAAAUGAACUAAACGAAGAAGCUGAUUGGAUAUAUAAACAAGCUUUCUGUAAACCCACCGUUUCUAAUCAAGAUGCUCAUUUAAGUCUUGAGGCGAAGGAGAGACAAAAAAAGGGCCCUCAAACAGUCGGUAAAAUACGUAAAGCAUUAGACUUUAUGCGAAAUCAGCAGCUUGAAGUGCCCUUUAUUGCAUUCUAUCGAAAGGAGUAUGUGCAGCCUGAGUUAAAUAUCAACGACCUUUGGAAAGUGUACAAGUAUGACGCAAAAUGGUGUCAACUGAAACAGCGCAAAGAAAAUCUUUUGAAUUUGUUUGAAAAAAUGCGUUCUUAUCAGCUGGACCAACUGAUGAAGGACCCAGACGCUCCGAUUCCGGAGAACGUGAGAAUCAUGAAAGAUUCUGACAUUGAACGUUUGAAAAACGUUCAAACUGCUGAAGAAUUGCAAGAUGUCUAUAACCAUUUCAUUUUAUAUUAUGCCAAUGAUUUGACCCCCAUGCAUGCAGCUUGGAAAGCUAAGGAAAGAGAAAGAAAGAAAGAGGAAAGAAGAGCUGAAAGGCUACGCAGAUUACAAGAAAAUGAUGAAGGGGAUAUUCCUGAUGAUGAAGAACGAGAGGAAGAAGUAGAAGAACAAGAACCAGAAACCUUAAAGUAUGCAAAACGUUCCGGUUCUUACAAUUUGUGCCAAAGGGCAGGUUUAGACGCUUUAGCCAAAAGAUUUGGUCUUCAACCCGAGCAUUUUGCCGAAAACUUAAGAGACAACUACCAAAGACAUGAUGUUGAACAAGAACCGGUCGAACCGAUUGAACUUGCAAGAGAGUAUGUUUGUGCUAAAUUCCCUACACCUGAUGACGUUUUACAAGCUGCAAAAUUCAUGGUGUCCCUUCAAUUAGCUCGCGAGCCCUUAGUGAGAAGAUGCGUUCGAGAAGUCUUUUUCGAAAGGGCUAAAAUUUGCAUAAGACCAACAAAAAAGGGAAUGAAAGUUAUUGACGAAACCCACAAUUGUUAUAGCAUGAAAUACGUAAAAAAUAAACCGGUAAGAGAUUUAACAGCAGAUCAGUUUUUAAAGCUAUCUCUAGCUGAAGAAGAAAAACUAAUAACAAUUACAUUCAGUGAAAACAUUGACGGAAAUACGAGUAGCUCUUAUAUUGACGAAAUUAAACAACUUUAUAUAAGGGAUGAAUUUAGUAAAAACGUUCAAGAUUGGAAUAAAAUUAGAAUGGAAUGCGUAGAAAUGGCUUUAAAGAAAUCUGUUUUACCUGAUUUAAGAACGGAACUUAGGCGUACAUUGUUAAUGGAAGCAAAAGAAGCAGUUUUGAAAGCUUGCUGCAGGAAACUUUACAAUUGGAUAAAGAUCGCUCCAUACAAAGUCGAGUUUCCAGACGAGGAGGAGGAUGAAUGGGACACUAGCAGAGGACUACGUGUAAUGGGGCUCGCCUAUGUACCGGACUAUUCUCAGGCAGCAUUCACGUGUAUAGCAGCCCCUGACGGUGAUAUCACAGAUUACUUAAGAUUACCCCAUAUUUUAAAAAGAAAGAACAGCUGGCGCGAAGAUGAAAAAUUACAAAAAGAAUCGGAUCUAACAGCUUUAAGAAAUUUUAUUUUUACGAAAAAACCGCACGUUAUUGCAAUAGGAGGGGAGUCUAGGGAAGCGUUAAUGAUAGCAGACGAUUUAAAAGCUGUAAUUGCCGAUCUUGUCGAAAUGGAGCAGUUCCCAACAAUUAAAGUUGAAAUUAUUGACAACGAACUUGCUAAGGUGUACGCUAACUCGAACAAGGGAGUAGCUGAUUUUAGGGAGUAUCCUGAAAUAUUGAGGCAAGCUAUCUCAAUAGCCCGUAAAAUGCAAGACCCUCUGAUCGAGUACUCUCAAUUAUGUACAGCUGAUGAAGAAAUAUUAUCACUUAGAUAUCAUCCAUUACAAGAACAAAUUCCUAAAGAAGAUCUCCUAGAAAAUCUUUUCCUUGAAUUCGUGAAUCGUACUAAUGAGGUGGGCGUAGAUAUAAACCGCGCAGUCCAACAUCCCCAUACUUCAUAUCUUGUUCAGUUCAUAUGUGGUUUGGGACCUCGCAAAGGACAAGCCUUACUUAGAGUCCUUAAACAGACAAACCAAAGGCUCGAGAACAGAACUCAGUUGGUUACUGCGUGUCAUAUGGGUCCAAAAGUUUUCAUUAAUUGUUCUGGAUUCGUUAAAAUCGACACCAAUAGCUUAGGUGACAGUACGGAGGCUUAUGUGGAAAUAUUGGACGGUUCUCGAGUACAUCCAGAAACAUAUGAGUGGGCAAGAAAAAUGGCAGUAGAUGCCCUCGAGUAUGACGACGAUGAAGGUGCUAAUCCUGCAGGAGCUUUAGAAGAGAUUUUGGAAGCUCCAGAAAGGCUAAAAGAUCUUGAUUUGGAUGCGUUUGCUGAAGAAUUAGAACGACAGGGCUUCGGCAACAAAAGUAUCACCUUGUACGACAUUAGAGCUGAAUUAAAUAGCAGAUAUAAGGACUUGAGAACUCCAUUCCAGUCUGCAAAUCCGGAGGAACUUUUUGAUAUGCUUACCAAAGAAAGUCCCGAAACAUUUUACAUUGGAAAGCUUAUAACUUCCACAGUAAUUGGUAUCACCCAUAAAAAACCUCAAGGAGAGCAACUGGAUCAAGCUAAUCCUGUUCGUAAUGAUGAAACAGGUCUUUGGCAGUGUCCUUUCUGUCUCAAAAAUGAUUUUCCUGAAUUAUCUGACGUAUGGAACCAUUUUGAUGCGGGAGCAUGUCCUGGUCAAGCAACAGGCGUCAGAUUAAGGCUUGAUAAUGGAAUUUCAGGUUAUAUUCAUAUUAAGAAUCUUAGUGAUAAGCAUGUAACAAAUCCUGAAGAAAGAGUGUCUAUAGGGCAAUUAAUCCACUGUAGAAUAAUUAAAAUAGACGUAGAAAGAUUUUCAGUUGAUUGUACGUCCAAAUCGAGUGAUUUAGCUGACAAAAAUCACGAAUGGAGACCCACAAAGGACCCAUACUACGACCAAGAAUCAGAAGAUAAGGACACAAAAACAGAGCAGGAAAUCAAGAAGAACAAACAAAGACAGACAUACAUUAAGAGGGUCAUAGUGCAUCCAGCUUUUCACAAUAUUUCAUAUGCAGAAGCCGAGAAAUGCAUGGCAAAUAUGGACCAAGGGGAAGUUAUCAUUCGACCGUCGAGUAAGGGUGCUGAUCAUUUAACCAUAACUUGGAAAGUUGCCGAUGGAAUUUAUCAGCAUAUUGAUGUGAAGGAAGAAGGCAAAGCGAACGCGUUUUCUCUCGGAUCGUCCUUAUGGAUUAACGGUGAGGAAUUCGAAGAUUUAGAUGAAAUUAUCGCGAGACAUGUUACCCCUAUGGCUGCACAUGCUAGAGACCUUUUACAGUUCAAAUAUUACAAAGAUACUGAAGGAGGACUAAAGGACAAAGCUGAGGAAUAUAUUAAGGAGGAGAAGAAGAAAAAUGCGUCGAAAAUACAUUACGUCGUCAGUGCUUCCAAGAAUUAUCCGGGAAAAUUCCUGCUGUCUUAUCUACCCCGAAAUAAGUGUAGACACGAAUUUAUAACGGUUACGCCCGAUGGUUUUCGAUUCAGGAGUCAAAUAUUCGAUUCUAUCGGAAGUUUGUUUAAAUGGUUUAAAGAACACUUCAGGGAUCCAAUUCCUGGAGGAACUCCCAGUACUCCGAGGGUGUCCAGUAAUUAUGGGGGGGCUACGCCGAGAAUAAACAGUAUGAAUCCUGAAGCUAUUCAGAGGGUGGCGCAGAACCUGCCAAGUCAUAUGAUGCAAACAUUAUCUGCAGUAGCAAAUCAGACCCCUCAUUACCCUCAUACACCUGGUGGUGGAACAUAUGGGGCUGGUGCUUACAUUAAUACGCCUUACACACCCAGUGGUCAAACACCUUUCAUGACCCCCUACCAAACACCCCAUACGCAGCAAACCCCCCGUUACGGUCAGCAAACACCAUCGCCCCUCACAAGUGGCGGUUCGCACAUGAACGGCCCGUUCCUGCACCCAGGAGCGGUAACUCCAUCCCACAGAACGCCCUCAUACAGAAAUCUCGGCGCUCCUUCCCCUCUUGUACAAACCAGUCCCCACCCCAGCCCUCACGGCAGAUUACCAUAUGGUGCUCCACCGCUUGAUCAUCAUGGACGAGGAUAUGAAGCAUCGAGAUCAUACGAUUCUCCAAAAGGCUAUCCUGACCACAAUCGUGGUUACAACCCCCAUAGUGAAUCUAUGGACUGGCAGAAAGCUGCCGAAGCAUGGGCAGCAAGGUCAAAGAGCAGAGAUGGAGCAACUCCUCGAAGUGAAGGUAGAAACACCCCCAGAACUGGUUCUCAAAGGACACCACGUUUUGAUGACAUAAGGAAUGAUUUGGACAGAUCAAGGAUGAAAAAUGUAGGAAAAAGUCCUAGAUCAAUAAGGUCAACCCCAAGAACCAACACUUCACCUCAUUCCAUGUCUUUAGGCGAUGCCACCCCUCUUUAUGACGAAAAUGUAAAUUGAUAAUUCAAGAGGGUUGAUUAUGAACGCGUUUACUUCGGUAUUUAUUUGACUUUUAAGUGAAAACAAUGAUAUUUAUAAGCACUUUUCUAAAAUUUCGUUUCAGUUUUGUAAAGCAUUGUAUCAGAAAUUAUCUCCAUUUUAAUAGAAAACACUCAAACAGA